AUGUCGACGACCCCCAAGAAACCCACGGGUACAAAUGGGACAACAGGGCCCAGUAGCAGGACUACCCCAGACCGAACAACGGUCGACAGCCGAAGUGCUGCAACCAAGUCAUCGAAUGGUCUUCAACGAACCCCCUCCGGUCGCGCGUCACCCGUUUCCGCUAGAGCCGCAGCACGCAAACCCGGAAGAUCGAAUUUGAGUGUUUCCAGCGUCCCCAAGAUCUCCAGUUCUGACACCGCCUCCUUUGACGAUGAGGCUCGUGCUCAGAAUGCGGCGCUGAUAGAGGAACUGAAGGAACAGCUACAGAAAGCCGAGACGGCUUCAGAACAGUACCAGAAACAAUUAGGGGUGUUGCAGUCACGACUGGAUGAUGCUAUUACCGAGCAGCAGAAGCUGGAGGAUCAGGUGCAUGAAAGGGAUGGCAAUAUUGAAGCUCUGAAUGCUCAAAUCCGAGACCAUUCUCGUCAGUUACGGGAUAUGGAGCAGGCACACGAGCAGGAGCGGAAUGCGAUGCUACAGGAUAAAGAACAGCAGGCAAGCAGGGAGGAGGAGUUACAGUCUACCAUUCAACGUCUGAAGGAGUCGAUUGCUCAAAAGGAUAUUCGAAUCAAUACCGACGGUGACAAGAGCAAUAUUUCCAGAUCUUCGAGUUUCCGGAAUCGAUCUUCUCCCGAUAUCGAUAGUGGGCAGUUCGCUCCAUCAGCGCAGAUAGAACGCAGCCCGUCGAGAAACAAUGCCAAACUUCUGUUACAGAAGGAUAAAUUAAUCGAGUCACUCCGAUUAGAGCUUGCCGAAUCCCAAAUCAAACUCGUCGAAAUGGAAAACAAAGGCGGAGGUUUACAGCAGGAACUCGAACGGGAACUCCUUGAGGCAAGGAUGGCCAAUGCCCGCCUAAUGGAAGACAAUGAGAGCUACCAGCUUCUUUUGAGUGAGAAGACACUGAAUGGUGAUUUUACCAAAGGCGACUUCAUGCAUGACGCUCCUUCGGGCAUGCCUCAGAGUUUGAGCGGUUCUCUAGCUGAUGAACUCGAGUCCGUUGGCGAGGGCAACAAUGCAGAGACCCGCAAAUUGGAAGCCGAAUUGAGGACUUUGAAAGACCAGAACAAGGCACUUACACUAUACAUUGAGAGAAUCAUUGGACGAUUGCUGCAGCACGAAGGAUUCGAGAAGAUCUUAGAUAAGAAUGAUGGUCCGCUACCGACUUCAAACACCUCGAAGACAGACAAGGAGCUUCCUCCUCCGCCGCCGGAGAAAGAUGAACCUUCCCUAUUACAACGCGCGAAAUCUGUUAUCAUGACUGGCCCAGCAGGCCGUCCACAGCCAAGACCGCGACCUGUGAGCGUGAUGCCUCCGCCGACAUCAGUCCCAUCUGCCCAUGAGAACCCCGAAACAGCCCCCAGUAUCCCUCUCGGCCGCUCCCAGUCAGUGCGUAUGGGCCACCGCAGAUCUCGGUCUGAUCAGAUAGGUGAUCCUAUGGCCGCUGCGGUUGUUGGUCAGAUGUACCGCGGUCCUUCAGGGAGCCGAAGCCCAUCAGGUGGGCCUUUGAGCCCAACCACCAUGGGCCCAGGGUCGCGACAGAGCAGCUUGUUUGGAUCGUACAUGUCCAGCGGCAACCCGCGUGCUCCAUCUCAAGGGAGUCAGCCUGACCGUAAGAGACUCAGCAGUUCCGACAGUCUCUCCAGCGACGCCAAUGCAGAAGUAAGCUCCCUGGGAGCGACGUCUACACCUCCGAGCCGAGCCAGUAGCAGUAUGAACAACUACACUGGUGCAGUCAUGACUCAGAAUAGACUGCGUCCAUUACGACUCGUUCGUGAGAAUCAAGAACCAUCUGAGGAGGAGGAGGCCGCAAACAAGCGAGCCAACCGAUCCAGCUGGAUGGGGUGGUUCAACCGGCCGACUUCCAAUCCUGUGCAGGACGAAGUUCCCAAAUAGUCAUGACUCUCAAUUUUGUUUGAAUUUUGACUAAUUUAUAAUUUAAUUUGAUGUAUUUUCUUCGUGUAUUGAUCUCGCCAAUUUGUCUUUUGAUUGGAAGACUUUUAUUGUCUUGAUCAUUUUCUGUUCAAUACCCACAAGUGUGAUGAGACCCAUGUUUGUUGUUGAAUAUUAUAUUUGUGCUGUUUAGUUUACUUAUAUAACGAUAAAUCUACGCUAUU